UGUGUUCACAAGACUGUUCUAAACUGACAGUUAACUUUUCAGUUGAAGUGUUAUGACCAGGGAAGAAGGUUACAGAGAAGAAUUUAGCUAUGACAGGAUGCCAACUUUGGAGCGGGGAAAACAAGAGAAUGGAAAUUAUAUACCAGAUAUCAAAUCCAGUGACCUCCAGCUAUCAAAAAGGCUGCAUCCGUGCUUUAGUUACAAAACGUGGAUCUUUUCUUUGCUGAUGGGAACUUGCCUCCUUAUCACUUCUGGAUUUUCACUAUAUCUGGGAAAUAUUUUUCCAUCUGAAAUGGAUUACUUACGUUGCGCAGCAGGUUCAUGUAUUCCUUCAGCAGUUGUGAGCUUUGCUAUAGCAAGGAAUAAAAUUAAUGUGAUACCCAAUUUUCAAAUUUUGUUUGUCUCUACAUUUGCUGUUACAACAACAUGUUUAAUUUGGUUUGGAUGCAAACUUGUCCUCAAUCCAUCAGCUAUAAAUAUAAAUUUCAACUUGAUUCUGCUUAUUCUGCUGGAAAUUUUCAUGGCAACUACCGUGAUCAUUUCAGCUAGGUCUACUGAAGACUGCUGUAUGAGAAAGAAAAAUACUGCAUAUGACAGUACAGUCGUUUUGAGCAAUGUCAGCUUUCCUACUCGAAUUCUGAAGUCAUACUCAGUUAUUGAGGUGAUUAUAGGAAUUUCAUCAGUAUUUGGUGGAAUAAUUGCUUUGAAUAUGGAUGUUCUAGUCUCAGGUCCAUAUCUUUCAGUAACAUUCUUUUGGAUCUUAGUUGCUUGCUUUCCAAGUGCUAUUGCAAGUCAUGUAGCUGCAGAAUACCCAAGUAAAUGUCUGGUUGAGGUCCUGAUUGCCAUUAGCAGUGUUACCUCUCCAUUGUUGUUUACUGCUUCUGCAUACUUAUCCUUCAGUAUCAUGCAAGUUGUUGACAUCUUUAAGAAUUAUCCACCUGCUGUCAAACAAUCGUAUGAUGUACUCCUGUUGCUUCUUAUGUUGAUGCUGCUAAUUCAGGCAUGCCUUACUAUUGGAACUGUAAUACAGUGCGUAAAUUACAAGACAAAAAUGAAACUACAUGAUUCAUCAUGGACAGCAUCACAGGUUAAAAAACAGGAAUUCAGAACAACAGAGGUUUCCAGUAAUACCUUAAAGGAUUUUGAUAAAGACAAAGCCUGGAAAGCAGUUGUGGUGCAGAUGGCUCAGUAGUUUGGAUUCGGCAAACACAGACUAUAUAGUACAAUCCAAUACAGUAAAUCAACUGUUUGAAUUAAGGCUUAAAAACUUUCCAGUAUGUUAUCAGCAAUAUAGUUACAGCAGUAGAAACCAAGGAAUAAUACAGUAAAUAAUAUGUCUCUCUAAUAAUUUUGAAAUAUGUUGGUAAUACGUUUAACACAUCUGUCUUCUGUUGGUAUCUGUAUGCUAGUGUUGCUUUAGAAGAUACCUUUAGAAAAAAGGUAAUGAGUCAUGGAUUUAUGCUGAUGGCAAAGUAAAAUAUGGCAAUAGAUAGUAGGCUUCAUACGUUUGCAAGAGAUUGUUAUAACUGCAGUUAUGCAGUCAGUGUAACUGAUAAAUGCUUUUGUAAAGUUAUGAGUACAAGUGAUUGAUAUUUUUGCUUAUACUUCACUUUUGUAGGAGUUGUAAAGUUGUUUUGCAUCUCAUUGCUUUUAUAUAAAUAAAAGUAUUAUGUGGAAAUUCAA